AUGUCUAGACUAUAUCCUCUAUUAAUAACAAUUACUAUUGCAUUAUCAUAAACAAUUAAACUAAAUAACCCUAUUCACGUAGAUUAUUACAAAGAAAAAUUAAAUGAAAUUUUCUUAGAUCAUAAUAAUUAACUAUGGUUUGAAUUUGUAAAAUCAAUUGAAAUUCUUAAUCCAAAAACAACAAUAUGUAAAACAAUACCUUAUCAAUUUGAUUCGAUUAAUCCUAUCUCCAUUCCAUUUGAAAAUAUUACUACUUCUUUAUUCGAUAAUGAAUAGAAAACUCUAUUUGUUUUAGAGAGUAAAUAACUUACUGUGAUUUAGAUAAUUUUUACAAACUUUUCAUUAAGUACAUAUCACUUUAGAAACGGUUAAGCUAAUUAUAUUAGCAGCAUUGAAAGGAGUUCCUACAAUAUAACUAAUGGAAUAGCUUUAGCAUAAUUAGAGGAAAGUUUGGUCUUUAUUUUAAAUGAUUAAAAAAAAAUAAUUCUCUUUGAUAAAAUUUCAAAGAGUUUUGAAGAUAUUUUAGAAUUAUAAUCCUAACCUAUUUGGAUUACAUGUGCUAAUGGUUUUUUAUUUGUUGGUUUUGAAGAUAAAAUGAUCUAAUAUUCAUUAGAUUUAAGAAAAUUAAUAAAAAUUAAUCAGAUUGAAUUAAUCUUGAAGGAAAGUUAAAUUCUAAUGAUUUAACAAAGUUCUAUUUUUAUAUAAUUUCCAUUUUAUAAGGUUAUCAAAAUAACAUUUAGUUAAAAUGUAUUAUAGAUAGAAGAGUACUUAAACAAGAAUAUGGAAAUUAAAAGUUUGUCAAUAUCAGGAUAAAAAAUAUCAUAUUUGACAAAUAAUUACGUAUUUUUUUAUUCAGGAAAUAAAUUGUUUGAAGAAUAUGAUAAAUUGAUUUAAUUUAAUGAUCUAAUAAUUUUAAUUUCAUAUAAAGGGAUUCAUAAAGUUUUAUGUUAAUUUAGUGAUGAAAUAUGUAUUUAUGUGAAUAAAUUUAUAGCAUUUCCUCUAUAUAUCAGACAUUAGAAUGUAAGUGAUGUACAUUUCAUGAAUAGUUUUGGAAUAAACUAUCACCUAAUAACAAGAUCGAAAAAUCUCAUUUAAAUAAAUGAGAUCUCUAUUAUUGAAUCAUUUAUUUAGUGUGAUGAUAGAAUAGGGGACAAUUAAGAAGCUGUAUCUUUUAUAGCUUUUGCUGAUGGUUGCAAUAAUAGAAGGACAAUAGCUCCUGCAACAAGUUGUAAAUUUGAAGGAAAAUUAUAUUGUAAAUUUUUAUCUAUUACAAUCAUUAGUUAACACUAUUUCUACAAUAUAUUCUAAGUUUUCUGAAAUAGUUUAUAUUAUGAUUAUGUUACUAUUCAUUGCUUCAGUCUUGAUUUUAUUAGCCAUUUUUUACUCUCGAAAGUAUCAAAAAAAGGCAGAAGAAUAUAUAAAAAUUAAAAAAGACAUCCACAAAUUGGAUUAAUCAAAAGAUUAAAUAAAUUAAGAGAAUGAAUAUUGA